AACACUCAUAAACAAAGAUAAUCUUGUUUAUUUAUCCCACUCGCAAUAUUUCAACCGUCAAUGGAUGAGGAUAAGGACCCUGGACCUCCUAUCAUCUUCCCCAACUUUAUCUCUUUUUUGUCUUUGCGAUAACUCUCUCUCUCUCUCUCUAGAUUUUCUGUCUGUAUCGAUAAUUCAUCUGCGUAUUCAAGUAAACCUUGAUGUUUUUGUCCCUAUGCUUUAAUUUACCUUCUAGACAGACGGAUGUCUAUCGCCUUGGAUAGUAACCGGAUCGAACGGCCAGGGUUCUGCCACGGCAUGUCUUUCGGAUCGCCAUUUGACUCGCCGGAAUCUGGAAUGCCGGUCGCCGGUAUCUUCUCCGGCGAUCGGCUAUUGACGGAGGAAGAACCCUCGGCGGUGGAAUUGGAGGAAGAGGUGGCGGUGGAUUCGAGCAGCUCGUCGUCGAUCGGGAGGGAUAGUGACACGUCGGACGGCGAUGGUGAUUUCGGCGACGGCGAGGUUCAGAGCUCGUGUAAAGGACCGUUGGAUACUUUGGAUGCUCUGGAGGAAGGUUUGCCUAUCAAGAGAGGAAUAUCCAAAUUCUAUGGUGGCAAGUCAAAGUCCUUUACUAGUCUGGGUGAUGCCGUCUCUUGUUCCUCUAUUAAAGAAAUUGUGAAGCCUGAAGAUGCUUACACAAGGAAACGCAAGAAUUUACUUGCUCACAGUACUUUAUGGGACAAGAAUUGCCAUUAUCCACCGAAAAGUAGCAGUGUCGGUAUGUCAAAGAGAUCUGCCAGUUCCAGAAGUACUUUGGCUCUGGCGGCAAGUCUGAGCGGCUAUGAGAGCAAGAGCAACAGUGAAAACUCCAAAUUGAGCUCACCACCACCCAUUCUUUGUCGGCCUCCUCUGCACCCACAUGGUAGAAGAUCACCCUGCAAUGAAUCAUUGACGUCGUCUCCUCAACGGAAUUUAUCUCCCUGGCGGUCUUUCUCUCUGUCUGAUCUGCAGUGUGCUGCUGCUACAACUCCCUGUAUCACUGGUAUAGAAAUUAUUAGUGGAGUUAAGGACGAAGUCCCGUGAAGUCUAACAUUACUCUCUGGAUCUAUGAAUGUGAAGUUUGGAAGAUGUUCAUGGUGUUUGUAUGCUUUGAAUAUGUUCUCCGGGUUUGAUCUUGUGGUUCGCCCCAGUGUACUAGUUUAAGCAAACAAUGCCACGGCAUUUUUCAGAAUAUAAUGGCAGCAGUAUUGUUUAAA